AUGGUUAAACAACUUGUUUGGAUUACGACUAGUACGGUCAUGAAAGGUUCUCCUUACACAACCUCGUCUAGUUCUCCUUACACAACCUUCCCUAGUUCUCCCUACCCAACCUUCCCUAGUUCUCCCUACACAACGUUCUCUAGUUCUCCCUACACAAACUUCCUUAGCUGUCCCUUCACAACCUUCCUUAGUUCUCCCUACACAAACUUCCUUAGUUGUCCCUUCACAACCUUCCUUAGUUCUCCCAACACAACCUUUCCUAGUUCUCCCUACACAACCUUCCUUAGUUCUCCCUUCACAAUCUUCCUUAGUUCUCCCUACACAACCUUCUCUAGUUCUCCCUACACAACCUUCUCUAGUUCUCCCUACACAAACUUCCUUAGUUCUCCCUUCACAACCUUCCCUAGUUCUCCCUACACAACCUUCUCUAGUUCUCCCUACACAAAAUUCCUUAGUUCUCCCUCAUCAACCUUCCCUAGUUCUCCCUACACAACCUUCUCUAGUUCUCCCUACACAACCUUCCCUAGUUCUCCCUUCAGACUUUCUUUAUUUCUUCCUGCCCAGCCUUCUCUUGUUCUCCCUACCCAACCUUCUUUUGUUCCUUACACAACCUUCCCUAGUUCUCCCUACCCAACCUUCCCUAGUUCUCCCUACACAACCUUCUCUAGUUCUCCCUACACAAACUUCCUUAGUUGUCCCUUCACAAACUUUCUUAGUUCUCCCUACACAAACUUCCUUAGUUCUCCCUUCACAAACUUCCUUAGUUCUCCCUUCACAAACUUCCUUAGUUCUCCCUAUACAAACUUCCUUAGUUCUCCCUAUACAAAUUUCCUUAAUUCUCCCUUCACAACCUUCCUUAAUUCUCCCUCAUCAACCUUCCCUAGUUCUCCCUACACAACCUUCUCUAGUUCUCCCUACACAACCUUCCCUAGUUCUCCCUUCAGACUUUCUUUAUUUCUUCCUGCCCAGCCUUCUCUUGUUCUCCCUACCCAACCUUCUUUUGUUCCUUACACAACCUUCUCAAAUUCUCUCUACAGACUUACUUUAAUUCUUCCUACGCAAACUUCUUUAUUUCUCCUCUUCUCUAAUUAUCCAUAA